AAGCAAACAAAUACUAACAAAAUGGAAUCUAUGUAGGUGGUGUUGGUUGCUAUGGGGUUAAAAUUAAUUUAUUAACAUUAGAAGUACAUAAAUAUAAAAUGAUGUAGUCGGCAUGAACUAAACAUUUAUGCAAGGCCAUUUUUCAUGUAAUGGUCUAGAAGUAAAUAGUUCAUGUGACUGCAUUUUACAAGAAGAUAAGUCUACUCUGAAGCCAAAGAUGAAAUUUAACAACCAAACAAAUCCUGUAGUAGAUUAGCAUAAAUUAUGUUUUGUAAUGUUGUGACUGUUGGCCACAAUCUGUUUGGUUUGUUGCGAAUUUCUACAUUUAUUGCCAAAAUUGUAAAACUAUAAAUCAGUUAUUUCUAGUCAUAUUUUCUUUCUUCAGUUGUUACUGUAUCAAUCUUAGGGAUGUUUAGUUUUGUUGCCAUGAUUGUUUCAAGAGUAUAUUUAAACUAUAAGGUCUGUAACUUUUACCAUAAAAUAAAUUCAUUAGUAAAGUAUCUAAGCAUGCAUUACUUUUUACUCAGUUUUGUGCUUGAUAUGAGAUGCAAUACUUGGAACAGUGAUGACUAUAGUUUUAUAUGUUAUUGAAAAAUGUUAUAGGAAAUAAUAUGUAGGUAUAAGUAUUUAUAUUAUGGUUUAAACCAAAGAACAUAACAUUCUUGCCAUUUGGAACUGUGCCAUGCCAUUUUGUUGGCAAAAAUAACAACAAAUUCAACCAAAGAAAUUGCCAGUGCUUGCCAUUGUCUAUAAAAUAUAAUUUAAAUAUUAAAAUACCUAAACUACAAAAAAUUAAAAACUUUGUUUGUUCCAAAGCCAUAAGCAAAUACUAAAGAAUUAAGGGUAGAAGUUACAAAAAUGCAUGCACUGUCAGUGUGAUUGGUAUGGUUGAAGCUUGAGAGAAAAUUUGAGCUUGGGUAAAUUUUUAGUGCCAUACUAUUUUUACUGGUACUUUGAGGGGAAGAAAUUGUAUAUAAAUACUUUCCUAAGCCUGUAAUAUAUGUAAUGAAAAUGACGAAUGAUGGAGGUAAACGAAAACAUCGAUGCAGUUUCUGUGGGAAGUGUUUCUUGGUCAGCAAUGACCUGAAGAAGCACAUUCGCACCCACACAGGAGAGAGGCCGUACGAGUGUCACGAUUGUGGAUCCAGGUUCAGUCAGGCGGGGGCACUGAAGAAUCACAUCGUGAGCCGACACAACCCCAUCUCUUCGGAUUCUUUCUUUUGCCAUUUCUGCAACAAAUGCUUUCCCAUCAAAGAGCGACUGAGGUUACACCUCCGCAUUCACACCGGCGAGCGUCCGUACCGCUGCAAAAACUGUUCCAAAACGUUUGCGCGUGGAGGUCAGCUCUCGCAGCACAUGCGUUCCCACACGGGCGCGAGACCCUUCAAGUGCGAGCGCUGCAAUGCCGCGUUCUCUUGCUCCAACAACCUGAAGCUGCACUUGAAGAAGCACUCGGGCGAACGGGACCACGUGUGCGACGUCUGCGGCAAGAUGUUCCUGCGGCGGGACUGCCUGCAGAAACACCUCACGUGCUACCACGCUGACAUCAAAGCGUUCCGCUGCAGCAUCUGCAACAAGAACCUCAAAGGGCACCUCCUGCAGCACUUCCGCACCCACCUCAACGAGAAGCCCCACGCCUGCACGGAGUGCGACGCGACGUUCGCCCAGCGCUCGCAGCUGACGGUGCACACGCGCGUCCACAGCGGGGAGAAGCCAUACCGCUGCCAGAUCUGCAAGCAGACGUUCGCCCACUCGACCGCGCUCAAGAUGCACGUCCGUCGCCACACCGGGGAGAAGCCCUUCAAGUGCCUGCUCUGCCCCUCCGCCGCCUUCGUGCAGCUCCCGCACCUCAAGAAGCACAUGCUGUGCAUCCACAAGACCAACAAGCCCUACCUGUGCGUCUCCUGCCGCAAGUUCUUCAAGACCAAGCUCGAGUUGGAGGCCCACCAGCGCGAGUCCGGCGGCUGUUCCGUCGCAGACGGCGCUCUGAAAGCUGACGACGGCGCGGCCGACCCGAAGAGUGCCGAAAAGGCGGCCGCUUCCGACGGUCCGACGCAGAAAUGUAAGCGAAGCGGUCCCGAGGACGAAGUGAGGCCGGUCAUGGCGCUGGAGAAGAUGCGGUUGCUUUUGGCCAUUUUACUGAAGAAAAUAUCGACACCAUCCAGUCUCGACGUGAUCGGUUUCGGUCGCCACCUCAUAGAUGACGUUCUCUGCAAGUCCAUCGAAAGGUCGGGCAGGAAGCCUUGCGAUUCCGAAGGUUUGAACGAAGGUGAGAGGCUCAAGCGCAACAUUGAAAUUUUGUUGGAGUGGACUGUGCCAAAGCAGUAUAUGGACAAAUUUCGUCAGGAGAGGAGAUCAACUGAAGAGUUGCUGGAAGAGUUAACUACGUGACGAUUUUCAAUUUGUCGUAUUUUUGUGACUAGAAAAUGCUUUUCUUAUCUAUAUUUGUGUAUGUAGGAUUAAAAUUUAUGUUAUUUAAGAAGUGGUAGUAAUACCGAGGUACAAAAGUACGUACUUUCAAGUUAUUUAUGAAAUUAUUUAUCUUUUUUUCAUUGUUGUAAUAAUAUUUUUAUAAAAGGAAAGGUAAUUUGGUUUAUAAAGCACAGUGUAAUCAUGAAAAUUGAGAUACUUCUACUUUUUGAUUUAAUUUUUUUCUCAGAUACACAGACUUAAUUUAUUAAUGUAACAGGAUUUCCACAUUGUGGAAAGUCGCAGAAAGUAGGGAAAAGUCAGUGGAUUUCAAUUUAAAAUCUGGAAAAGCAUCACCCAGACUUUGAGAACUUUUUGUUUCCAAAUGUGUAUUAUUAGUGUACAGUCAUACACACUGUAAAAUGGUGUAUGUUAGAUUCGGUCUGAACUAGAACAGCUAUAGGAAUGGCAGAGCCUGAAUUGCCUUUGUUUCUUUCAGAAAAUAGCCAAAUAGGUAAAUUAUUUUUAAAAAAUUUGUCAGGAAAAUUUGAAUUUUGGUCAUUGAAAAUCAUGGAAAUGUCAGGGAAAUUUUUCUACACAUUUGUGUGGACACCCUGGGUAAUUAUCAUUUUUCAUUGACUACUCAAGUGCAAUCUAUCAGUUGGGUUUAACAAUUAAAGUAGGAUUCAAUCCAUAAAAAAAAUAUCCUUGAAUACAAAGAGAAUCUAACUACUGUGUUAUAUCCGUCACUAAUCGACCAAUCUUAAGAUCUGAAAGUAAAUUGCAUCAGCCAUUUAAAAUCUAUGUGGUAAAUAAUCCAUUGAGUUUAUAUUUAGUUUUAAAUGUUUGCAAUCACAGAAAACCGAAUAAAGGUACAUAAAUAUUUCUGUUUUUGUAUAAAAUUAAACAUACUAUCUCCAUGUUGGCCCUAUGCUGUUGGUAGACUUGUAUUAACUUUAAAUAAAUCAAUAAAUAAAUCAAUAAUUAACAAUAAAUUUUACGCUCUUAGGCCUUUGUCUUACACACCAUGUGGAUUUUUUAAAGCUCAUGUCGUUAAUAUUAUUUAAGGGCUAUUUCUGAAAUUCUAACUCGAAACCUCCCUUUAAUUUGUGGUUCUGUUGCAAAUAUUUUCAACAGAUUUUUACUAAUAGUGAUAUAAUGAACAUAAAAAGUUGUGCAAGUGAUAAUUACUACCAACACUUGCACAAAUUUUUACGUCUAUUAUAUUACACUUAGUAAACAUCCGUUAUAUAUUGGUAACAGAACAACAAAUGCAAUGGAAGUAUUGUGUUAGAAUUUUGGAAAGAGACCUAAAAUAAUAGUAAUGAUGAGAAAAAAAUCAUAACGGUAUGUCAUACCAGUCUGUGUACUGUAAUGAUGUUGGACAAGAAAAAUUGUUAUUUCAGUUAUGAGAAACAAUAUCUGUUGCCUGCAAGCUCAAAGAAAACUCUUAGUUGCAGGUUUCUCACUGCGUGUGAAAUCUAUUUUCACUGCUUUGAGUAAAAAAAAGAAAUGCUUUGAGAAUAUGAUUCUUUUUAGUUUAAUUUUCAUUUGAAUUAUUUUACUUGUAAGUUAGUAACUGCAAAUUUUAUUUUCAGGGUAUCAUGUGAAUACAUUGUGCUUUUAAUUUUUUUGUAAUAGUUGAUUGUUUUUAUAGUUUAUGUAAAGAAUGUUUAUUAGAAUGGGUUAGCAAUAUUCUGUUUAUAAAUAUUGGCAUAUUAUUGUUAUUGUUAAUGGAACUUUUCAUUUAUACUUAUGACAUAAGUAUAAUUCUAAAAUUGUACUGGUCCUUUGAUAAGAAUGUUUAAAUUAUUUAACUUUGAUGCAAAUCAAUAAGUGGUGUAUUUUUACUAGAUACCGCUAUUUGUUUUGAUAAAUGGAUGCAAUCUGUAGAAACAUUUAUAGUGUACCGGAGGCAUAAGUACGUAUUUUAGCAUGCAUAGGAGGAAAGAAAUUUGGUAGUUCAGAUUUAUAUUUUUCCAUUUCACUUAUUUAGGUUAUGGGUUUGCAAUAUAUAGAAGGAUAUAACUGAAAUGCAAUAAUCUACAUGUAGAAAAGUGUUACUAAGCAAAAUUUUAUCUUUAUAUGAAAAUAAGUUAUGUUUACAUAUUUUAGUGAUAGUAAAAUUUAUUUUGCAAAUUAUAUCCUCUUCAUAAUUUGAGUGUGGAAUUUAAUUUUUAAAUUGUGUGUGAAUGGUAAGUAUGGAUUUAGAUUAUAGCUAAGCAUUUUAAGGAGAUCAUUUAAUUUGUCAGACUUUCACAAAUUUACAAAAAUUAGCAUAUCGGUAGUAAAACUACCUAUAUUCAUACAAGGCGCCACUUAGAUUGGCUAUUGUGCAUGUAAAUCGCUAAAAAGUAGGUGGCAUUAGAUGUAUAUUAAGGCUUUUUUGGCCACUUGUAUAGAAUGAUUUUAUUCGGAAGACAUCUGAAUUAUGAAGUGAGUUAGUGUUUCAUAAAUCAACUUUCUAAUAUUAUGCAAACACCAUGGAUAAAACUAAUCAGCUUUUCAAAUCAACUUUUUUUAAAGAGUUUUCGUUGUUAAAUAUACUUCCCAACUUUUUUCUUUCUUUCUUCGCUUUAAGUUAAAAGUGUAGUUUGAGUGCUCUUGGGAAGGUUUUGUUUGCAGUUGGACGGUGUAGCCAUGUUUGUUAGGCCUUGUUUCCUUGGCGAGCCAGGUCAGAAUUUUAUCGUACCGCGUGGCGUGGAAACGUAAUGACUCGUUAUUGCUCCGUGACACUCUGGAUGGCCCAUUUUCCCCCUUGAAGAGUCUGUUGAUGCUCGUAAACAUCAAAGAUUUGAAGAUGCACAGGGGACAAGCGUCAGUAUGGCCGCAGACCUGCCAAGCGACACGGUGUGGGACGGCGCGACUUGUCGUGGUUCGAUUGACCACAAGCCCCCUCCGGUGAAGUGAGGCUUAAACAAUCCAUGAGCUGUGGGAACAAGGCAAACAGACGACAGAUACUUGUGCCUCAGGAAUUGUUUAACUGUUUGAGUGCUUAAUUAUUUUCAUCAUAGUGUCUGAUUUAGUGAAAUAUUGGAAUUCUCACUCAAUUUUUCCUGUCUUGUAGCAGUUAUAAAUUUUAUGUUAUAAAGUAUAGAAUUUCUUGUGUAGUAAAAUAUUCUGAAGCUUGUACACUUUAUAUGUAAAAUCUUUAGUAAUUACAUCACAUGCUGUAUGUAUUUUUGUUUUACAAGGUGUUGGUUUCUUCUGGGGUCUGUGUGGUUACAUUUUUCUGUUCAUUAGUUUGGUGUUGGUGUUCUUAACUUGGUGAGGAAAUUUUUGGUCUAUGGUACCUAACUCUUUCAGUUUAUUGUACCGUAACUGUGGUCGGUGAUGUACUAUGUUUUAAUAAUGCUGGUAGUUUCUUUUAUAAAAAAUACAAUAAGUGGUAUGUUAUUUUGAUUCGAUCUUUGGUUAAACUUGCAUGUUGAUAUUGUCCUCUUCAUUAAGGUUUCAGUACUAAUAACUGCUGAUGUAGUGCUUAAAUUUUUUUUAAAGUCAUUGGAUCAUUUCUAAAUUUUUCUUAUGAAAUUUUGUUUCAAGUAUAUGUAAAUGCUUUUAAGACUGAGUAGUUUUUAACUAGCAAAAUAGUUGCUAAAUAGCUCAACAUGUAUUAUUCAAGUGCACUACUAUGUGAUUAAAUAAUGGUGCUGACAUGUUUGAAUAAUGAAUAACACUGCCGUACAAGUACCACGUAAUUAAGCUGUUUGGUGCUUGACAUUCUUUAACAGCUCUUUAAUUUACUGUAUGAUUGGUCCAAAUUAACAAGGGUAUAACUAUGCACAAUCUUAGCUGUGGUGAAGUUUUGAACACACUUUUGAUGUUUAAUACUUUGGUUUUGCCUUGAUAGAUUCAUAUAGUUCAACAUUUAAUUCAAUUCUUCAUUUUAAAAUCGCUAAAUAAUACGUCACAUUGAUUCUACCAAACUGCUGGGAAUGCUUUAGGGGUGUAAAUAACUUUAAAUUAGAUUGGAAAAAAAUUUAUAUGUAAUUUGCUAACAAAAUUGUUAUUGUACAUCGGAUGUCUUCAGUAUACCACGAGGCUAUAAAAAAUAUGUCAGGCAAGUUGACAUCACUGAAAAGUGAAGAACAUUUUCUGCUCUGGCAUUGCCAUGUUGGAUAUAACUUAAACUUUUUGAGACUGUGGUUUAUAGUACAUUUCACAACAAAAGAAUAAAGUUUUUUUUUUUUUUUUUUUUGCAUUUCCAGCAACUGAUUAUAAAAUUUCAGAAAGAUUUGAAUUUUAUAAUGUAGGAGAUAACAUUGCUAAUGAGUACUGACACAGUAGUUUUGAUAGCUUGCCCAGAUAUUGGUUAACACAAAGUUAAUAAGUUAGGUUUAAACUAUGAAGGAAUAUUGUAUCAAUCAUCAUUAUGCAGCAUCAAUAUAACUGAAAAGCAUACCAUUAAUUUAUGUGAAGUUUUUUUUAAUGAUAAUGGUGAAAAUAAUGGCUAUGCAUAGUUAAUUUACAUGAUUCUCUGGUAUACUGGGAAUAGUUUUUUUUUAGAUAGGUGCUAUCAAAAUUUAGAAAAUGAUUGAUCUUAAUUUGUGUCAUUUAUUUACCGGGCUUGUAAUUUUAUUAUUAUUAUUAUUUUUUUAAUUUUUAUACUGCGGGUUGUAAUGGUGUGCUUAACGUAAUCCAACCAGUCGAAAAGCAGGUUACGAAAAUUUCCUUUGCCCACUGGGACUCAAACCCAUAUCCACAAUGUCACGAAACAGGUUAUAUAGAGCACCUGGUAGGAUGCCUAAAUAAGGUAUAAUAGUAAAUUUUUUUUAAAAUUUUUCUCCUUAUUUUCUAGAAAUGUUAUGUUGCACAAAGUAGAGAACACUCUGGAUGAUACCAAAUGUGUGGUGUGGACUUUUUGAGUUCUAAAAUGUAUUUAAUAAGAUUAAUAUAGUUAUAAAGUUUAAUGAAAUCAUAGAUAUUUAUUUUUGAUGUCUCGUGCACCUAAGAACUGUAAAAAGCAUGGUUUUUUUUUUUUGAUAAGGCUGAGGUUUAUUUCUUCUGGUGUUAGUGAUCAUUUUGCUAGACACUAAUAUGCUACUUUACUAUGCUAAUUCUCUGCUUUACUUUUUCAUCCCUAUUUAUUCAUUAACUAUCCCUUUGUUUCCCAGUUUUAGUAUACAAAACGUUAUUUGAUAUAUUCAAAGUAAUAGUGUUUAUCUAGUCAGAAUGAUUUCAGUUUUAAUAUUAUUGUUUAAAGAUUUUUUUUUUGUUCGUUAUCAGAAUAUUUUGCUAAAAUAUAUAAUAAAAAUAUUUAGCUAAGUUUCGUGGUGCACUAUGUAUUUUCUAGUGAUUCUUUCAUAUCAAGCAUUUUGAUGCUUGUGUUGAAAACAUGUGAUAACUCAGUGUAAAACUACUACUAAGAACAUUGCUGAGUGCUUACCAGUUCUUGAAUCAGGCCAGAUAAUAGGUGUCAUUACUGUGAACACAUCCAAAGACUGCCUCACCAAAUAAAAUAUUAGUACAACGUGUUAGAAAUCUGGAAAUUGUCCAAAAAAAACUUCCAAGUUCCUUGAUGUAGUGCAAUCAAAUGAUUUAUGUUUACUGUUUGAUGUAAUGUACACUAAAGAUGCACAAUACCUCAAAAUUUUUGUGCCAUGCUAUUUUAAUUAACUGGCUGUUAAAAUAAAAUAUUUUUUUGUACUAUCUUGCCAACUGCCCCAGAAGAAACAAGAGUUCAAAUAUUAUUUGUAAAUAGCACAUUAUAUAUUUACUUUAUUUACCCUAAAUGUUCAACUUAUGAUUGUUAUAGUUUUUUGUUUAAAGUUUUAUUUUUAAGUGUGCUUGUUAGAUAUUUUUUAAUUAUAACCGUACGUUAUUUAGCAUUGUAAAUACAUUUUUGGUGCAGAGUAUGUAUCUUUCAUAAUUAUCUGGGAACAGUUACACAAAUUUUACUGUUUUUUGUUUUGUGUUUCAUUGUGUAAAAUGCAUGUUGUAAAUGUAACACGUGCUUGCAUAAAUAAAUGUAUUGCAUUCUUUGUUAUUUUAAGUUUGUUGCUUAUAAAAACACUGUAGUCGAACACCGAGGUAGAAUAGUUUGUAAAUAAAAUGAAAUAUUAUUUUUCAACAUGUGAGCAUAUUGUGUAUGUGGAUAAGAUGUUGAAGUUAAAAAUUACUGUUUAUCAUUGAAGAAAAAUAGUUAAAAUAAUAUCGGAUGACCUUUAGUUGCAUCAUACUAAAACAAAUGGUUGCCUCUUGUGUUAUACAUUUUAUUUGUUAGUUUUAUUUCAAUUUUGAAUUGUCUUUUUUUUUAUAACUCUUUUGGUGCUAGUUUUGCAACUGAAUCAUAGAGUUUUAAAGGAUUUAGUCAUCUAGAUAUUCCUUACAUAGGACGGAUUGUAGGAACCAAUAAAUGAAAUUAGUAUAGUCAAAUGUGAAUUAUUAUUGAUGUAGUUUUUGUACUAAAGUUUUUAUUUGUAUUUCAGUUAAAUUUUUACCUGAAUAAUUAAAUUUAAUUAUAAUUUUUUUUUUAAUAAUAUUUUUAGGUAUCCUUAUUGAUAAUUUGUCAUUUGUGUUUAAAAUUUGUAUCGAUUAACAUGUUGUAUUUUCAAAGCCAUCGUGAAAAUGUGAGGUACAAGCAGGGCCGCAACUAGAGUAUCUGGCAUCCGGGGCAAAAUGGAUUCAUGCCCCCCCCCCCCCCCUUUUUUUUUUGUACAUACCACACCAAUAAAGCGGGGGGUCCGGAGGCCUUCCCACGGAAAAAUGAUGCUAUGUUGAGACGUUAUAUUGUAAAUCAGAUUAGACAUUCCUGGCAUGCAAGUUAAAAAACUUUUUACCAGUUACCAGUUGUAGUAGGAAGGAAUUACAAUGCAAGCGAUUUCGGCGCCCCCACAACUUUGCGCCCGGGGCGUAUGCCCCGCUUGCCCCCCCCCCCCCCACCCUUGUUGCGGCCCUGGGUACAAGAUUUAUUUUUAUCUUUACCCAAAUAAAAAAAAUUUUUGCUUUUGUAUCCCUUGAGGUUCUGGCAGUGUGCUGUGGAUUGCAAAUUGCCUGUAACAGCGAGGCCAAUGAUUCAGGUUCCUACAGUUCCCAGCUGUACUGGAGCAGCACACGGUGCCUAGUGCCUCGUGGUGUCGGAGUGGCAUGCAGGAGGCCUGGCUACAGUCCGCUUGCGUAGACCUUGCGCGGUGUUCACAGAGCAGACACACACUGCGUGCACGCUUGCGUCAUUUGACAGAAUACAUCAUUCCACCCGUUAGCAAAAGUUUUCGAGCAUCAGAAUUUGGCUGCCACAUCCAGUUUAAAUGUUACAUUAACCUACCACUUAAUAUUUUUUGGGAAGAAUGUGGAAUACCAAUGGGGCCUAGGAUAUGAUAACAAUCGCGCAUUAAAAGAGACAAAACAAAAAAAAAUUCGUUAACUUGAACCACAUUACAGUCUUUGCUCUAGCUUAGUUUGAUAGUUAGGUAGCCAUAGUAACUUUCUAAAGUUUUUUUUUUACCUUGAAAAGUAACACAAAUUAAAGUUGCGGUAGAGACAUUCAUCAAUUUUAACGACGGACAUUUUUACAUUUUGCGGAAAAAUUGUGACUUCUUGCCAGACUUCAGCACGCUGUGUUCGUAUUUUCUGUUUGAACAUACCUUCACCAUGUUUGAUGCGUCUUCAACGAUAGCUGCAUUACUUCCAUACAUGUCUCGUAAUAAAUCAUUAUUGCAGGAUAAAAUUUUCCCUUAUUUUAUAAUUUUUUUUAAAUACUCUUAGUUUCUUACAUGAUUAAUUGUAAAUUAGCUCACAAAGUUAACAAACAUUUAAUGUUAAUGCAGGCAUAUAUACAGAUGCAAAGAUCUAAAAACAAAUUUGCAUCAAAAACAGUAAAUUAAUAGAGACAAGAUGAUAUGGUUUUAUUUUUUGUCCAUUUUAUUUUUUAAAACAAAAUUUUUGGGUGUAAUUUUUUUUAUGCCAAAGUAGUGGUAAAAUUUUUAGGCUGCCUUUUUACAAUAAAAUUAUUUGUAAUAAAUUGCUCUAAAACAGAUACAUUUAGAACAAUAAAUUAAAUUAGCUAGCAUUUGUUGUUUAAAAGUUUUUCAAUAAGAGAUGCACAAUAAAAUUAAUAAAAUUAAUUUUUCUUUUCCAUGCACUUAAGUACAAUUUUUUUUGUCUGGAAAUGGCAUUCCAUGAAUUUCAAACAUUCUCUCCAUAGUUCGGUUUUAAACUGUAUUUUUUGGGAGAGUCAAAAUGGCUAAAACGUGUUGUUUUUAGGAUAAUUUUCAAUAAUGAAAUAUUCUUGAAAGCACUCGGUGGCCUUGCAUUAAAUUUGUAUCUUCAUUUUCCACCUUACAAUGUUAAUGGGUACCACUCAGAUCUCAUAGUUGUCCUAAGCACGACAAGAAGACUGCACGCUAGAAGCACUAGCGAGCAUCAAAUUAUCAUACCGCCUCACUAACACAAAUACACCCCUGCCUAGGCAGGCGUCUUAAACUGGGAGAGUGAUAGGAAAAACAAGAAUUCCACAGGGAGAAAGUUUUCAGGGUACCUACCAAGAGUACAAGUUCCUAGGUUCAGGUUUUGAAUCGUGUUGGUUUGUUAUUUUCCGUUCAGAUUUUAAAUUCCAUGGAGUGUGUGUGUGUGUGCUCUGUUCAAGUCAGUUAUAGCAGUGGGUCUUCCUUGAAAGUCCAAUAUUAUUUGUGGAUGUCAAUCCUAUUUAUUUGUAAUUGGCUCGUCUGUUGUAGGUGGUAUUUAUAACUGACAUGCAAUGUGUGUAAAGAAUUAUUCAGGAGAAAAAUGUUACGUAAUUUACCUAUUAUGUACAUCUAGGCUCUCGCUAAUAAAAAUCUAGUACGACAUAAACGUAUACAAUAAUGUUACGGAAUUCACAAAUAAAUGUGACAGUGGGAAAUUUUUAUAAUGUGGUGCUAUAGUUUCAGCGUCAGAAACUUUAUUUUUUUUGUACAGUGUCGUGGAAUUUUAAGUUGUAAUGUUCGCAGGCUUUCACGGCCAUUGUCGGAAGUAACUUGGCUUCUGGGUUGUAACUGUGUCCCUGGUGAAUAAUUCACCGACGUUUCGGUCGACAUUGCAGUCGCCAUCAUCAGGGUAGGUAGCUGCUCCCUGAUGAUGGUGACUGCAAUGUCGACCGAAACAUCAGUGAAUUAUUCGCCAGGGACGCGGCUACAACCCAGAAGCAAGCAACUUCAUUUUAAGUUGUAGUUAUAUUCAGUAGAUUAUAUACUCUUAUUUGGAAUUAACUUCAAUAAUCAUUGCAAUAUCAACAUUUGUCUCUCUUCUUAACGUGUAUGUACGAAUAGUCAUUUCUAUUUCAACAUUUGUGUGUCUUCUUAAUGUGUAUGUACCACAUGUGAAAUAUGUGUAAACUUAAAGUGCCUAAAUCAUUAAAACUGAGUAGUUUUGUGAAACAUAUUUUUCUACAGAAAUGUUUAGUUGGACUUAAAGAAGUGUUCAAUUUAAUAACUUUGCAGAUACCAAAAUCACCUUAGAUUUAAAUUCUUUAUGCUCAUGUAUCCAUAGUUUUAUGAAAUUUUGAAGUCUUAAUGCAAAUUAAUUUAGGAAGAAGUAAAAAAAGUUUAAAUUUUUUAAAGUUAGUUUGUUAUAUAGAUAAAUUUUUUGAUGUGUCUUGAAGCUUUGAAAAUUGUGUCAAACAAAAUGUUCUUGAGCAUACUUCUUGCAUUAAAUUCUAAAUGUAGUCAAUUUAUCCUCUAAUUAUAGUAUUGUAAUAUAAAUUUCAUGUUGGUAUUUCUAAACAAUAAGUAAAUUUUAACAAAAUUUUGUGUUGAUGUGGACUUUGUGUCCUAAGGAAAAACUUACUUUUAUGAUAAAUAUUUUUGUUAUCAGUGUUAUAAGUAAAUAAUUAUUUCAUGAUGGGCAGUUGUGGAGUUCAGUCAGUGAGAGAAUGUGACAUUUACAACAGUAUCAAUUUUUUUUUGUUCAAAAUUCAAAUUAAGUCAAAAUUCUAGAGUUUGUUCUGCUGUGUGAAGUUGAGUGUGUUUUCACUAAUAAUGAGGUGUUAAUCAUGAACACCUUAAAUUUUUGCCUACUUGUAAGGUUUAUGUCUGUAUCAAUGUAUUAGUUUAGCUAAAUAAAGGUACUAGACAUUUCACAAAA